UCUAUCUUUUUCGGCACAAGGCUAGCCCUUUCAGACACAAAACAGUGCUAUAAUUGUAUAUAUGUGUUUACAGGAUGUCUCGGAGCUAAUGUAUGACGUGAUUCAGGAUAUGCCCUACCUUGACCAAGUUAUCAACGAGACAUUGAGAAUGUAUCCACCACUUGCAGCGACGAACAGGACGACCAGCCAUCACAAGGACGUGUUGUUGGAUGGCUAUUGGUUUCCUGCCAACACACUGAUCCAGUACAGCAUUUACAUGAUUCAUCAUGACCCUCAACUUUAUCCAGAACCAGACAAGUUCAUGCCGGAAAGAUAUGAUUGGGUCCAGAUGUUCUUAUGGAAGCGCAAAUACAAGAUCAAAGGUCCCUUCCCCGUUCCUGUAUUUGGAAACUUGUUGACCUACAUCAUGGCCCCUGGUGCCGAUCAUCAGCGAAAACGGAUUGAAAAGUAUGGAGAUGUUUUCGGAGGACCCUCAGCCUCAGUGAAGGUCUUGAACGUUGCCAACAUUGAGUUGCUGAAGAAAAUCAUGAUCAAGGACCACGUUGAGUUCCAAAACCGAUUUGUUUUCCCAGGUGCAUUCGAUCCUCCACCUGCAGAUAAAACAUUGCUAACGAUGGAAGAUGAGGUGUGGAAACGCGUGAGAAGCAUUAUUACCCCAAGCUUCAGUGCCGGAAAACUGAAACAGAUGACCAAACAGAUGAAUUCCUGCGCUGAACUGCUCGUUGCUGGCCUUCUAGAAAAGGCAAACUCAAGGGCUGUCAUAGAUCCAAGAGUACAUUUUGGCUGCUACACCAUGGACGUGAUCGCCAGUAACGCUUUUGGAAUAGUCACUAACGCCUUCAAAAACCCCGACGAUCCGUUUAUUUGGCACGCGAAAAAAAUAUUCUCUACGCCAGUCUUCAAUCCAAUUUUACUUUGCAUAUUUUUGUUCCCGCGCAUUAUGAUUCCAAUUACAAACCUGUUUAAGUAUAGUGCUUACUACCCGCAAGAUUCCAUGGACUUUUUCCGUGACGUUUCAGCUAAAAUCAUUGAACAACGAAAACAAGAUAAUGACACAAGCCGUGUUGAUUUACUCCAACUGAUGCUUAAUGCGGAACUUCAGGAUGAUGAAAACGAGAGCAAGAUCACGAAAAGAUUGUCUGCGGAGGAACUUACUGGCCAGAUGUUCAUAGUGAUUGUGGCUGGAUAUGAAACCACCGCCUCCCUUCUGCAGUAUGUGGCUUAUGUCUUGGCGACAAACCCUGACGUUCAGGAUAAACUUAUCGCCGAAAUCGACAAAUGUAUCUCUGAAGAUGUCUCGGAGCUGAAGUAUGACGUGAUUCAGGAUAUGCCUUACCUUGACCAAGUUAUCAACGAGACAUUGAGAAUGUAUCCACCACUUGCAGCGAUGAACAGGAUGACCAGCCAUCACAAGGACGUGUUGUUGGAUGGCUAUUGGUUUCCUGCCAACACAAUGAUCCAGUACAGCAUUUACAUGAUUCACCAUGAUCCUCAACUUUAUCCGGAACCCGACAAGUUCAUACCGGAAAGGUUUCUCCCUGAAGAGAAGGCAAAACGUGACCCUUUCACCUUUAUACCGUUCGGACAUGGUCCUCGUAAUUGUAUUGGCAUGCGGCUUGCUCUCCUGGAGUUGAAAAUCGCCCUGGUGGCUACCUUGAGGAAGGUCAAGUUCUUCCAGGUCCCAGAAACUGAGGUACCAUUGGAAGUGAUCACUCACGAGGCGUUCCUGCGACCAGUCAGACCUGUCAAGGUUGGGGUGGAAAGACGGUCUUCCUCCCAAGACUAAACAACACAGUGCCGUUUGUCAUUUUUUUAUUUCGAAAAGAACAAUAUGUAACCCUGAUAUGGUAAAUGGCUGUCUGUUAAACAGACGUAUAAACUCUUGAAAGUAGUAGUGUUCAAGUUGUCAUAUAAUGGCACACUGUAGAAGCCUAGAGUGUAGGCCCAAUUUGCUAGGGAGGUUAUUUUUAUUAAUCACGGCAGGAUGUGCGCAUCGGAUGAAUUUUUCAGUAUAUGUUGAUAAGAUAAAUUACAUACUGUCGAAUAUUCUUUAAUGAAACAUAUACAACCCAUUCAGUUUCAAUUGUAUUCCUGAACUUUUGAAAACAAUGCUCCUUGUUUUACACUUAAGUAAAGAGAAAAUUACGUACUUUCUUAAUUUUUGGUUUGAUACUGUCUCCAUCCAAACCUUAUUAAUUGGUCUUUACUAAAAAUACUUUAUAUAUACCAAUUGGCAAUGUUAUUAUUUUAUUUUUCUCAUAUGCCUGUUGGCAACAGUUUUUUCUUGUCGCUUUAUUGUGUUUACGACUUUACGUACUUAAAUGUAAAUAAUUAGUAAUCUUAUUCGGUAGUGGAUAUUAUAUAAUGUAUGAAAUAUUAUUUGCUAAGCAAUUGUUUUCAUGUCGAGCUAGAUGUCAUGUAAUGUUAAUAAAUCGAACACUGCUGUUUUGUCAUUAA